AUGGCAAGGAAAAGGCCGACAUAUGACAUCUUUAAUGAAGGCCUUAUCAUUCAUAAAUUUUCAUUAUUGGCCUUGCCAGACCAUGUAACCGAUGUUAUUGAUUAUGAUCUUCAACAUUUUCUUCAAGAGGAUGCUAUUGGUACACAAUGCACGUUAGGAAAUGCAAAGAAAAUAAAGGAAUGUUUGACUUCAGUUGUUAAGAUUGGAGUAUCAUGCUCCAUUGAUUCCCCACCACAACGACACGAGCAUCCCCAGAUCGAAGCCCCACCACCUCCAUCGGCAGAUCAGAUGGCUAGCCUAUGGCGAGCCGUGAUGGGCGAUUCACCGCCCAACGCCGACGACUAUGACGGCGUCGAGUACUGGUUAAAUCCCGAGCGCACCGGCUGGCUCACAAAGCAAGGUGAGUACAUCAAGACCUGGCGUCGCCGUUGGUUCGUCUUGAAACAAGGAAAGGUCUUCUGGUUCAAGGAGUCCAUCGUUACUCGCGGCUCCCGUCCACGUGGUGUGAUCCCAGUGGCCGCUUGCCUCACAGUGAAAGGAGCCGAAGAUGUCAUCAACAAGCAGUUCGCUUUUGAGCUCUCGACCCGAUCCGAUACCAUGUAUUUCAUUGCAGAUUCGGAAAAAGAGAAGGAGGAUUGGAUCAAUUCGAUCGGAAGGUCAAUUGUUCAGCUCUCGAGGGUUUCUUCGUGGCAUCUGCGAAUUGAGUAUUCACAACAAUUGCUGUGGUAUCUUGCACCCAAAAUACAAAUUUCUUGCAACUAGGAAGUUUAGGCCCUAGGGUCAUGUUAUGUAAAUGCAUCUAUUCAGAAUAAGAAAUGCAAAUCACCACUCUGAAGUUGAUGGAAAGGUCCUAAACGUCGUGCAUUGUGUUCUCAUGUUUAGCUCAUUACUGAUUUACUUUUGGUGUCAGAUCUUGUUGUAUCCGGAUAGGCACUUCACUGAGUAUUGCAGUAGUGGAUAAUCAUUUGCCUGUUACUUUGGAUUGUAAUUGGGGAAUCAAUCAAUCAUGAAGACAUUGAACAGCUAUGUAGACUUAUUAUAAUGGAUGAUGCUGGUUGGUAUUCUUUCUGCCCUCAUGGAAACAAAUACCUGACUGAAAGAAUCCCGUAUCACUUAGUUACGAACCCUAGUCUUCAGAACUUGGGGAUUGUUUGGUCAAUUGAUGAACUCUCUUAUGAUAACGAAAGUAAGUCUUAACUUACAUCUCCUUCCUAUGUAGGACAAAGUAAUGAGACAUCUCAAUCUUCAUUUCAACACACACAUUUAAGGAUCAAUAUCUUAUUCAAAGGAACUCCAUUUUGGACGCAUUAUAUUAUAUCAAAUUAUCAAUACUAAGUUCUAUUCCACCAUGAUCCAACCCACAUUUUCCAAAGUAACCAACUCUUAAACAAUUCAUUGAAUUGAUAUAUGCUUGUUUGCCAAUAGCCAUCCAUUUUCACCACAAAUCAACGAAAU